AUGGUGAAAAGAAAGCUUGGAGCCUUGGAAAAGGUUGAGGCAGAUUUGCCCAAUCUGCAGCAUAAAGUCCGACGGGAUCCUAAGUCCUACAUCGAGGAUUUCCGCGCCCAGCACUAUCAAUAUGAGAGUCACCGCGAGAUUUUCAUGGCAGCGCCCACGGCUGCCACUGAUACUGGAGUCAUUUCGCUGAGAGAAUUGAUCGACUUCAUUUCUCAUGUCGCCGACUGCUACCCAGAUAUCACCAAGGACUUCCCACAGCAGCUCAUCGACAUGCUGACACAACAUCACCUGGUUCUGGAGCCGGAACUGCGCGAGAAGAUUGUGGGCAGUUUGGUGCUCCUUCGGAAGAAGGAUCUUAUGGAUUCGGCUACACUCCUUCAAACACUGUUCCCGAUCCUCAUCUCUACCCCGAGCAAGACGCUGCGAGCACUACUCUUCCAAAAGAUUCUCAUGGAUCUCCGUACAUCCAACUCAAAGACAACGAACCAUAAGCUCAACAAGACUAUGCAAACCGUCCUUUUCAACCUGGUCACAUCAGAUCGCACUUCCUCCAAGGGAGUCUGGGCCGUCAAGCUCACCCGCGAGCUAUGGAAGCGCCAAAUCUGGACCGAUUCUAAGACGGUUGAGGUUAUGAAGGAGACGUGCCUGUCGGAACACGAGAAGGUCGUUACCGGUGGAGUUCGCUUUUUCCUAGGUGGAGAUAAAGAACGAGAAGAGAUCGAGGAUGAAAGCAGCGACGAAGAGGCCAUUGAUGUCGGGCGGGUCAAGCACCAAGUCGGUAUCAACAAGAAGACCAAGAAGAAGUCGCGCGCCGUCGAAAAGGCCAAGCAAACCGUUAAGAGAAAGGAGCGCAAGAAGAACCAACCCCACCCUCUGAACUUCUCUGCCCUGCAUCUCUUGCACGACCCCCAAGGGUUUGCGGAGUCUCUAUUCCAGAAGCACCUGCAAAACACUAAGUCGAAUCUUAAACUGGAGCAAAAGCUGCAAGUGUUGCAGCUUGUGACUCGUCUGGUCGGGUUGCACCAGCUGCACAUUAUGCCGCUCUACUCUUACUUCCAGAAGUAUCUCACACCCCGACAACCCUCCGUCACCUCAUUCUUGGCCUCGCUUGCGCAGGCAUCGCACGAAUUAGUUCCUCCGGAUGUGCUUGAGCCUCUUGUCCAGAAGAUCGCGAACGAGUUCGUUUCUGAAGCCUCCGCAUCAGAGGUCGCCACUGCCGGUCUCAAUGCUAUCCGUGAAGUCUGCGUGCGUCAACCGCUCGCAAUGAAUGAGACCUUGUUGCAAGAUCUCGUUAUGUACCGGAAGAGUAAAGACAAGGGUGUCGUGAUGGCAGCAAGAGGAUUGCUCAGUCUCUAUAGAGACGUGGGUGCAGAGAUGCUCAAGAGAAGGGACCGGGGCAAGGAGGCAUCCAUGAGCUUGCGGGCCGGAGACCGGAAGGAGAGACGAUUCGGUGAACAAGAAGUCGGCGGAAUUGAAGGCCUGGAUCUUCUGGAGAAGUACAAGGAGGAAGAGCGCCGGAGAAAGAACAUCGAGAAAGGUCUUCCUUCAGACGCAGAAGACGACGGAGAGGAGAAUGAGGAGGAAAACUGGGCUAAUUGGAACGUGGACGAUGACGAGGACAGCGAUGAUUCUGGUGGCUGGAUCAACGUACAAGAUGACGAUGAAAUCAACCUGAGCGAUUCCGACGACGAGAACGACAAGAAAGACGGGCCACCCAACAAGAAGCCCAAGCAAGACGAAGAUGCUGAGAAGGAGAAGGUCGAUACAGAGCAGAAGAUGCUCAACCUCGCAACAACCCGUAUCCUGACCCCCGCAGAUCUGGCUAAACUCCAAGAACUGCGUACCGAAGCCGCCAUCAACGCCCACCUCCCCACAAAACGAGGCCAGAACAACAACCCCGCUUCCCGCCACGCAGACGACCCCCUGACAGCCGCAGAGAUUGAGGGUCUCAAUGCCCUCUCUGCCGGCAAGCUCACGCGCGAGGAGAAGAUCGCCCAUGCCAAGGAAGGAAAGACCGAUAGGUCCGAAUUCAAGAGUUCUACCGCGAAGCGCCAGGAGCGCAAGGUGGCUGAGGGCAAGAGUACGACUAACAAGGAGAAGGCUCGUCGGAAGAACUUCAUGAUGACGCUGGGUAAGGCGAAAAGUAAGAAUAAGCGGAGUCUGGUCGAGACAAGGAAUGUUCUCAGGGCCCAUCAGGAGAGACAGAAAAGAGGUGGACGGAGAGGAAAUAACGGUUAA